UCUGUGUCCGGGUCGUUCUCGCCGUUCUCUCCGCAGCCGAUACCGCCCGCGCUCGCUCCCGCCCCCGGCACGACACCCGCUUCUGCGAACGGAGCGGCGGCGGCGUCUGCCCGCGGCGAGCGGGGGACGGCAGCGCCCAGUGGGGCUGGGGAGGAGCAGCAGGAACGGGGUCUCCCCUCGUUUCCUCACCGCCGGUCUCGGGAGGCGGCGGCGGCCAGGGGAAGCGAGCCCGGGGGGGCCUCUGCUGCGGGCCCCGGCAGCGGGGCGGCCCCGCCCCGAGGCAGGACGAUGCCGGUGAAGAAGAAGAGGAAGUCCUCGGGGGCGGCGGCGGCGGACGACACCGGCCUCAAGAAAUGUAAACUCGGCAGAUCACAAGCAUCUGGUAAAGUAAUAAGUGGAGAGGAACAUUUUUCAAGCAAAAAGUGCCUGGCUUGGUUUUAUGAAUAUGCAGGUCCUGAUGAAGUUGUAGGCCCUGAAGGAAUGGAAAAAUUCUGUGAAGACAUCGGUGUUGAACCUGAAAAUAUUAUUAUGUUAGUUUUAGCCUGGAAACUAGAGGCUGAAAGCAUGGGAUUUUUUACCAAGGAAGAAUGGUUAAAAGGAAUGACCUCAUUACAGUGUGACUGUACAGAAAAAUUACAGAGUAAAUUUGACUUCUUACGGUCACAGUUGAAUGACAUUUCAUCCUUCAAGAAUAUCUACAGAUACGCCUUUGAUUUUGCAAGGGAAAAAGACCAGCGAAGUCUUGAUAUUGAUACUGCAAAGUCCAUGUUAGCUCUUCUGCUCGGAAGAACUUGGCCACUGUUUUCAGUAUUUUAUCAAUACCUGGAGCAAUCGAAGUAUAGAGUUAUGAACAAGGAUCAGUGGUACAAUGUACUAGAGUUCAGCAGAACUGUCCAUGCAGAUCUUAGCAACUAUGAUGAAGAUGGUGCAUGGCCCGUACUUCUGGAUGAAUUUGUUGAAUGGCAGAAAGUUCGUCAAGCGUCAUAGCAAGAAUUCAAAAGAAAAUGCAAGAGUUUUUUUUUUGGUGCCCGCCUGUACACAAAGUAAUGAGAAAAACAAAGGAUUGCAUUUUCAUUCAUAAGAAAGACUUUACAGUAAUUUUUUUUCCUUUUUUAAGGAGACUUUCUUGUUACAUGUGAUAUGGGCAUUGAACCACACCUCUUCUGAGACUGAAAGUUGGAGUUCUUGUUUUGAGUCUUAUGUUUAUAGCAUUUCUUUCAGAACAAUAAAGAUUCAGAUUUGUGACAAAGGCCUAAAAGUGAAGGAUGUCCCUUGAA